AUGGAGAGCAGGGAGGACAAAUCCCCGCAGCAGAAGCUCGUUGGAGAGGAAAUUUUGAGCGGCUCCACGGUGCAGGAAUCCAACUUGGAGGAAAAGGCCUGGAGAUCCCGCACGAGGAGGGGCUGCAAAUGCAGAUCAUGGAGAACUGAGGAGGAAAGACCCACCCUGGGCUGGGGAGGCGGCCAGAGCUUGGACUUGGGGGUCCAUGAGCAUCCUUACAAUGGUCAGAAGCCCCACAAGUGCUCGGAAUGUGGGAAGAUCUACAGCAAGAGAUCCCACUUGAUCAACCAUUGGAGAAUCCACACAGGGGAACGGCCCUACAAGUGUCCCAAGUGUGGGAAGAGCUUUAGUGAGAGCCAUCACCUGACUGUCCACCAGAGGAGCCACACUGGGGAGAGGCCCUACGGGUGUGAUAAAUGCAGGAAGAUGUUUCAGAGCAGCUCCAGUCUCCUCCAGCAUGAACGCAUUCACACGAGGAGCCACACUGGGGAGAGGCCCUACGAGUGUGAUAAAUGCAGGAAGAGGUUUCAGAGCAGCUCCAGUCUCCUCCAGCAUGAACACAUUCACACAGAUGAGAGGCCCUUCCGCUGCCCUGACUGUGGGAAGGGCUUCAGGAACAACUCCACUCUCAUCAGGUACUGGCGCAUCCACACUGGGGAGAGGCCCUACGAGUGUCCCAAGUGUGGGAAGAGCUUCAGCCUGAGCCCCUACCUGAUUGUCCACCAGAGGAGUCACACGAAGGAACGGCCCUAUGACUGUGGGCAGUGUGGGAAGAGCUUCAGCACAAGCUCUUACCUGAUCAAACACCAGAGGAGUCACACCGGGGAGAGGCCCUACGAGUGUGAUGAAUGCAGGAAGAGGUUUCAGACCAGCUCUGAUCUCCUCCUGCACCUGCAGAUUCACUCAGAGGAGAGGCCCUUCCACUGCCCCGACUGCAGGAUGGGCUUCAAGCACAACUCCCAUCUUGUCAGGCACCGGUGCAUCCACACUGGGGAGAGGCCCUACGAGUGUCCCCGGUGUGGGAAGAGCUUCUCCACAAACUCUCACUUGACCAGACACCAACAGAGCCACCACUAA